GAGAUCUACGCAGUCCUCUCAUGGCUCCCCCGACCCGCUCCGUUUUCCUAUCUCUCUUGCUGUUCCUCUCCAUGUCUAUUUCUCUGGCAGAGAUCCGGUUCACGAGCGUCCGAUCCGACGGCCGGCCCAUAAUCUCCUUCGACGAGUUCGGGUUCACACACAGGGGCCGCCUGGAGCUCAACGUGUCCCGGAUCUCGCUCUCCAACCCGAAGCUCGACCUCACCCUAGUCGGGUUCCUCCUCUGCACCCGGGAGUCCUGGAUGCACGUGGUCCAGCAGCUCGAGGACGGCGAGGCAACGUGCGCCCUCCUCUCCGACCUCGUCAAGCCAGUGUACACCUUCGACAGGCUAAAAGCUGCGAGGGACGUUAACACCGUUUUCACUGAAACCGACGCCGAUCAGUACACGCUCGUGUUCGCGAACUGUUUCCGCAACGAGCUUACGGUCUCGAUGGACGUGAGGUCGGCGAUGUACAAUUUCAACGGGAAGAGCAGUCGCCGGGACUAUCUCUCCGCCGGGAAGACUGUGCUCCCUAGGGUUUACUUCCUCUUCUCGCUAGUCUACUUCAGCCUCGCUGGAAUCUGGAUCUCCGUGCUCUAUAAGAAGCGAUUGACCGUGUUCGGAAUCCACUUCCUCAUGCUCGCCGUGCUCAUCCUCAAGGCUCUGAAACUUCUCUGCGAGGCCAAGGACAAGUCAUACAUCAAGCGCACCGGAUACGCGCACAGCUGCCCCUUGAAUGGAAUCACGCUGCUCACGCUGAUGCUGUUGAUCGGCACCGGAUGGUCUUUCCUGAAACCCUACCUUCAGGACAAGGAGAAGAAGGUGUUGACGAUUGUAAUCCAGUUACAGGUGAUCGCUAACGCCGCUCUGGUCGUGAUUGACGAGAGCGGUCCGUUCGCGCAGGACUGGGUGACGUGGAAGCAGGUGUUCCUGCUCGUCGACGUGAUCUGCUGCUGCGCCGUUCUGUUCCGAAUCAUGUGGUCGAUCAAGAACCUCCGUGAGGCCGCCAGGACCGACGGAAAGGCCGCGGUGAAUCUGAUGAAGUUAACUCUGUUUAGGCAGUACUACAUUGUGGUGAUUUGCUACAUUUACUUCACGCGUGUGGUGGUGUACGCGUUGGAGACAAUCACUUCGUAUCGGUAUCUUUGGACCAGCGUGGUGGCUGCAGAGUUGGCGACGCUGGCGUUUUAUGUGUUUACAGGUUAUAAAUUCAAGCCCGAGGCGCAUAAUCCGUAGGGGUGGACGUCGGUUCGAUAGGCGGUUAA